CUUUAUUAAUUAUAAGCUGGGUGUUAUCGCUCCGUAAAGUUCUGCCCGUGCCAUCGUCUGCGCGUCUCAACUCUUGCGCAGCCAGUGUGAAACCAACUGCUAAACGCUGCGCACGCGUCGUUCGCGUCAUGUCUACUUCUAUCGAAACUAGUUUAAAAACGAAGAUCAAGAAUGCGGUGGAAAUCCCCCUGCUGACGAGAUGUUGCUUCUGCUUUCCUCUGCGGAAGGGCCUCAUAGCCUUCGCAUAUAUAAACUUGAUGCUAACAGUAGUAGUGACAUGCUUCCUGUCACUAUACAUCUCGUACGUAAGGAAUUCGUCGGAGUCUGAGCAGGCGGCGCUGGCGUCGGAGUUCGCGAGACUGGUCACAGAUGUCAUCGCCUUGCUGAUAGAAGUGGUUAUGACCAUCACCUUCAUUGUAGCUUUGCAUAGGAAACACGUGCUGCUGAUGAAGGUGUACUUAUACUUCGAGAUCGUGUACUCCGUGUUCGGUUUCGUAUACAGCCUCGCCUUCCUCACCAAGGAGACCGCCAGCGAGCUCUUCCUAGUGCUGUUCCAAUUAAUGCUCCAAAUGUACCUGGUGAUCCUCAUCUGGAGUUCAAUAGUGAAGAUGGAGAGGGACGGUUCAGUGAAAUAUUCAAGAGAAACGGAGAGCGCAUAAAUUAGUACUAAUUACAGUUAUAAGACCAUUAGAUAAUUUACAAAUAAAGGUAAUAUUUAGAGCUCUUGUUCACGGCACGUUUUUUAUAGUGGCCCAUUCAACAGUGACCACCGUUCCUACUUACGUUGAAUCUUACAUACAUUUUCACGGCAGUAAGGCUGCCUGCCCAUGGCAUACUUUUUGUAGGACAAAUAAUCGGACCGACUUUUGUAGGACGUUAUGCCGACUUUUUUAGGACUUGUGUUGCUCUAUUCACUACUAGCUGUUGCCCGCGACUUCGUCUGCGUGGGCAAUAUAGAAUUUCCAAUUUUUCAAUUUCGUUUAUUUAAUCCUUCAUUGCUCAACCCCUGCGGGUGAUAGCGUGAUAAUAUAUAGCCUAUGUGUUGAACGGGCCCCCAGGUAAUAGUCAUGCAAAAUUUUAUUUAAAUCCAUGCAGUACUUUUUGAGUUUAUCCGGGACAAACAUACAGACAAACAGAUAAACAGACAAACAGAUAAACAGACAUACAGACAAAAAUUCUA